UUCAUCAAAUUAGAGAGUUCGAUGCUUGGUAUCUUUACAUAAAAGUCAAGAGCAGCACCUGUUUACGUUUGAUUUACUGCCCAGCUUGUGGACUCUUAAUACUUUAUUUCUACUCCUCAACCACCUCUCUCUGAAGUUCGAACUUCAAACCCAUUUAGCAGCAGAGCAGACAGAGCUCAUCUCUAUGACUUGAGAGUUUCAGACUCGUUGAAGAAAGAUUUCCGCAUCUGAUAAUCCAAAAGCGAAGCUGGUCUGGUCCCUCCAAUCUCUACUGAAGGUUGGAAAGAUGUUCACGGGACGUUGUUUGGUGGUUUGGGUGGUCGUUGGGUUGAGUUGCUUACUGACUUUGGCAUCUGGAGCGACCCUUGUGAAGGAUGAAGUGAACGCGUUGCGUCAGAUAGCGAAAACAUUGGGGAAAACGAACUGGGAUUUCAGCGUGGACCCAUGCAGCGGCCUAUCGGGAUGGACGACUGCGAAUCCCGAGAAGGGAUUCGAGAACGCGGUGUACUGUAACUGCUCCUUCUCCAACAACACCCUUUGCCACGUCACCAGCAUAGUUCUCAAAGUUCAGAGUUUACCAGGCGUGCUCCCACCAGAGUUGGUGAAGCUUCCGUAUCUCCAAGAGAUUGACUUAACCCGCAACUACCUUAACGGUACAAUACCCUCAGAAUGGGGUACUAUGCAGUUAGUGAAUAUCUCUCUUCUCGGGAACCGUUUGUCUGGUCCAAUCCCAAAAGAAUUCGGAAACAUCACCACUCUCAAAAACUUGUCACUCGAGUACAAUCAGCUCUCUGGAGUUCUUCCUUCAGAACUUGGGAAUAUUGUAGGCUUAGAGCGAAUAUUGAUUUCCUCGAAUAAUUUCACGGGGCCAUUACCAGAGGCAUUUUCCAAGCUGGCGAACUUGGGAGACUUCCGUAUAAGCGAUAACCAAUUUAAUGGGACGAUACCCAAUUUUAUAGGAAAAUGGACAAAACUUGAAAAACUUGCAAUACAGGCAAGUGGUUUGCAGGGGCCUAUUCCUUCUAAUAUUUCAUUCCUGGAAAACUUAACUGACUUGAGGAUAAGCGACAUAAGUGGAACAGAAUCGACUUUUCCACCACUGAGUAAUAUGGCAAACAUGAAGACACUGAUAUUAAGGAGUUGCAAUAUCAUUGGAGGUUUACCUUCAUAUCUUGCUGACAUGACAAAACUCAAAACUUUAGACCUCGGCUUUAACAAGCUGACAGGGGAGAUUCCAAGUACCUUUUCAAAGCUAACAAAAGUGGAUUACAUAUAUCUUACUGGAAAUUUGCUAAAUGGUCCUAUACCUGAUUGGAUGGUGAAGAAAGGGGAGAGCAUUGAUUUGUCCUAUAACAACUUUACAUUGGGAAGCACACUGCAAUCUAGUUGUCAACAACGAAAUGUAAAUUUGUUUGGAAGCUAUUCUUUAGGAAAAAACUCAACUGGAUUAAUUGCAUGCAUGCAGGGCCUUCGUUGCUCACAAAAUGGGUACAAACUCCAUAUAAAUUGUGGUGGAAGAGAAUUAUCCAUAGGAGAUAUCACAUAUGCAGCUGAUCAAGAGACACCUGCUUCCUCAAAGUUUUUUCAAAAUAGUAAAUAUAACUGGGCAUUUAGCAGCACUGGUUACUUCUUAGAUGAUGACAAAACUGUAGAUGAUUAUACAUUUUCAACUACAUCAAUACCCUUGAACAACCCUGGAAACUCUGAAUUGUACAAGUCGGCACGUCUCUCUCCCCUUUCUCUCACAUAUUAUGGUUACUGUCUGGGAAAGGGAAAUUACACUGUGAAACUCCACUUUGCAGAGAUCAUUUUUACAAAUGGCCAAAAUUAUAGCAGCCUUGGAAGACGGAUAUUCGAUGUAUAUAUUCAGGAAAAGUUGGUGUUGAAAGAUUUUAAUAUAGCAAAAGAAGCAGGUGGAAAUGACAAGGCAAUCAUUAAGAACUUUAGUGCAGUUGAUGUAUCAAGUGGCACUUUAGCAAUCCGCUUCCAUUGGGCUGGGAAAGGAACAACAGGAAUCCCUACUAGAGGAGUUUAUGGUCCUCUAAUAUCAGCCAUCUCUGUGGAUCCGGAGUUCCCAAUUCCUCAAGAAGGUGGAAAGACACUAUCAGCGGGUGCUGUGGCUGGAAUUGUUGUCUCAAUAGUAGGCGUCAUCUUCUUGGUUCUGGGUAUACUUUGGUGGAAAGGCUGUCUGGGUCACAAAAAUACAAUGGACCAAGAUCUUAGAGGUCUAGACCUACAAACUGGUUCCUUUACAUUAAGACAAAUUAAAGCUGCCACAAACGACUUUGAUCCUGCAAAUAAGAUAGGGGAAGGUGGCUUUGGCCCUGUUUACAAGGGUGUGCUAUCAGAUGGUACUGUGAUAGCAGUCAAACAGCUUUCUUCCAAAUCAAAACAAGGAAAUCGUGAAUUUGUAAACGAGAUAGGCAUGAUAUCUGCUCUGCAACAUCCCCAUCUUGUAAAGCUAUAUGGAUGUUGUAUUGAAGGAAAUCAGUUGUUGCUGGUAUAUGAGUUCAUGGAAAAUAACAGCCUUGCUCGUGCUUUGUUUGGUCCAGAAGAGUCCCAGUUGAAAUUGGAUUGGCCAACCAGGCAAAAGAUUUGUGUUGGGAUAGCAAGAGGCUUAGCUUAUCUCCAUGAAGAAUCAAGGUUGAAGAUCGUUCACCGAGAUAUCAAGGCUACCAACGUACUUCUUGAUAAGGAUCUUAACCCAAAGAUAUCUGACUUUGGCUUGGCCAAGCUUGACGAAGAGGAGAACACUCACAUAAGCACACGAGUAGCUGGAACUUUUGGAUAUAUGGCACCGGAGUAUGCAAUGAGAGGUUACCUAACCGACAAAGCAGAUGUUUACAGUUUUGGAAUUGUUGCCUUGGAAAUUGUCAGUGGAAAAAGCAACACUAGUUUCAGGCCAAAGGGGGAAUCUGUUUAUCUACUUGACUGGGCCCUAAUUUUGAAAGAGAAGGGGAAAUUGAUGGAUUUAGUGGAUAUAAGGUUGGGGUCGGAGUUUGACAAAGAAGAGGUGAUGAGAAUGAUUAAUGUGGCUCUACUAUGCACUAACACAUCUUCAACACUUAGGCCUGCCAUGUCCGCAGUGGUAAGCAUGCUUGAAGGCCAGGCUGCCAUCCAGGAAUUUGUUCCAGACUCAAGCAUCACUGAUGAUGAGGUAAGGUAUAAGGCCAUCCAGGAUCAUUUUUGGCAGAAACAAGAUCAAACCGUGAGUGAAAGCCAGACACAAAGCAUGUCAGUAGAUGGACCAUGGACUUCAUCUUCUACAUCUGCUCCUGAUCUAUAUCCAAUCAAUCUGGAUUCCCAAUAUUGGAACAACAGAGAGUAGAGCUUAAUCUUCCACGUUUUGAAUGUUCAGAGGUUUGGGUUUUCAUCAGUAAAAGUAAAUGUAUAAAAAGUUCUUGCAAUUUGUAUAAAAUUUGUUAAGCAUGUGAGUAUUUUUUCCACCAACAUGUUUUACUUGAAUGAACAAAUAAUGGAACUCUUGUGAUUUGGAGUAUUUGGAUUGAUACUUAUCACUAAACCCACAAA